AUGUUAUUCUAUAAAUAAAUUUGAGAAGAAAAAAAAUUCUAAACCUGAUCGCUUGAUGGACGACUUUAAUGAGUAUUUAAAAUGCGCUGUGUAAACGCCAAUUUCCAUCAGACGAAAACAAUCCUUUGAUACGUACACAUCGCAGCAAACAUGUUAAAAAUAUUUUUAGUGUUGUGUUUAGUUCCCGCCAUUGUCAUUGGACAAGAAGAUGCGGCUGCUGCUCAAGAUCUGAAUGCUGUCGAACCAGAAAAUCCGCAAAUUGGUGUCUAUGGUAUAGCCAAUCCACAAGGAGGAUACGGUGGUGGCUAUGGUACUAAUGUACAUAAUGAUAGAGACCUUGAAGUAGCUGAAUCAGCAAACCCACAAUAUGGUUACGGUGGAUAUGGUGGAGGUAGAGGAGGAAGCUUUGGAGGAGGCUAUGGAGGGUAUGGUGGCUUUGGAGGCGGACGUAGAGGAGGUGGCUAUGGUGGCUACGGUGGUUUCGGAGGAGGAAGAAGCUAUGGUGGCUACGGAGGCCGCUAGUGACAACGCUAAUUUUUCCGAUUCAAAAUGAAAAUUACUCAUCGAAAUAUUUCAACUCAAUAACAAAAAGAAAAUUUCGGCUGACGAUGAAAUGUAAUGAAAUUGAAAUAAAUAAAAGUCACUCGCAACUUAUCCAA